CUCCGGGUACUCGGGUUUCCUCCCGCAUCCCAAAAAGAAAAACAUGCCUAGUAGGUUGACGGAAGACUCGAAAUUGCCCGUAAGUGUGAAUGUGAAUGUGAGUGCGAAUGGUCGUUUGUUUGUUUCUAUGUGCCCUGCGACUGGCUGGCGACCAGUUCAGUUCUCGCCCGAAGAUAGUCGGGAUAGGUUCCGGCGCAGCCGUGAUCCUAGCUAGGAUAAGCGGUACAGGGAAUGGAUGGAGGAAUGGAUAAAUAAAUCUACAAAGUUUGUGGGUGUCUCAAGAGCAUCAAUGUCAAAAAUGGCUUCCUUUUAAAAACUCUUUGACAGUCGACUUCAGUGUGCCUUCACCGAUGUCAAAUUUCACCUCCUGUCAAAAUAUGUGAAGCGUACAACCAUUUUCAGAAGUCACUUCAAUAGAGUGGACUCACUUGAUCUGUGCCGCCUGAAGUGAACGUGCCAAGACAAGGUCAAUAUUCUGCUCUGUGGGAGCUUUGGAGGGGGUACUUGGACCCUGCUUGACUUCUCGAUGUAAAACCAGCAAUGAUGAAAGUCCAAACGGCAGUGACCGCAGCAUGUUUACAGCUCAGAUGAUCAGUGCAGAUACAGUGUCAGCAUGCAAACUACGCGCUGUGUCGUGGAACUAUUUCCAUCGGCAUCUCUGCACUCUGCCAACUAUAGCUCUCCGCUUGAAUCCGUCGGUUUGUGUCCCCCGGCCCCCUCGCUUCACUUGCCAUCGACCGCAUGCAAGUGGUGUGGAAAGCGGGUGUUCCCGGAGUAAGACUAAACGGUGGGGGUAACCUACCACCAUGACUAGAGCAGUUGAGAGAAAGAUUCAUCCAGAAAGUGUGAUCUUAGAUCAAUCUUUUUUUAAUCAACUUUUCCAUUGAGCAGCCACUUGCAAUUUGAAUACUGAGAGUGAACAUGGCGCAACGGCUGUUGCAAGAAAGUGAGAAGGAUGGCCGCUCGGUUUUGGGAAUGCUAACGGUGCAGGUGGAAAGGGACCCAGUUGGUAAGUCGGUGGCCCCCGUGUCCACACCGGCCAGCGGCACCAGGGCCAUCACUGUCUUUGACGACAGCAGGAAAAGCAUUCGUGCCGUCGAUGGGUCAGGCUAUCAUCCCUCACCUGAAGAGCUUGCGAAGAUUUUGAGCGUUAUCGAUGGCGUUGGGAUGCAAGUGAUGCUAGAUGAGGUCACAGUCACCCCUAAUGAAGCACAGCCUAAAUUGGUUCAUACAGAAGUCAACAGAGUUCCAGUCAAAGAAAUGCAGCCUGGGUCUAAAGAGAAUUAUAUGCCGUCAAACAGCCAUACAAGUCCUAACUCUGAAGCUCAACUGACGACAGAGGUCGCUAGUUCGAGUAUGAGGUCAGAGGAGGAGGCAAAUGUGAUGGUGGUUAGAGAGGUGACCAUGGAGGAUCGCGAUUUGGAGGCAAGCCCAAUCACUCUUAUGUUCCUGGGCUACACUGAUUCUACAAAUUCCCAAGAAGACUCUAACAUGCUAACUGCAGAGCGAGUGAUUAUUACAGAGGACGGUGAAGAACACAGUGCUGCAGAUCAAGAGGUGGGCAAAGAGAGUCCAAGUGACAUGUAUCAGGGCGUUCCCCUGAAGGAAAACGAUCAAACAUCUCAAGUCCAGGAAGAUCAUGCAAAUAAGGAGUCAUCCUCACCCGCUGUCGAAGAGCCAAAAGGCCCUUCUAAGCACAAGACCUGUCAGUGUUGCUCUGUCAUGUGACAAUUUAUAUCAUUUAAUCAUACUUGUAUUUUGCUACUCAACCCAAUAGAUAUGCAUUGGAUCUGUUCCCUCCAUUUCACUCAGAGUAUUAGAAUGUCGUAGGCCUCCAGUAAAUGUGUACGAGCAGCUUCACUGAGCUCCCUUUAAAAAAACAAACUUUCAAAAGCACUUUCUCCGCCUAGAGGAGAAAGGCAGGAAAAUCAACAUCCACCGCGCAUGUGCUAACUCAUCAGUCAACUGUGUAACAUCUUUUUUUUUACCUCGGGACUUUUUGUGCUCCUCGUAACCAAAGUCAUGUUUUACAUUGUACAAUAAUAACAAUAAUAGUAGUAAUUUGCAGUUGAAUGCACAUUUUUAGAAGUUUUGGCAUAGUAAAAAUCAAGUUUACCUUAUGUGUAAGUGUUUAAAAUGGAGUCUACUACAUCAUCUCAUCACCACAAGUCCAUAGUACGGGUAUCAUCGGUUUGCAAUGGACCCUUUACAAUAGCCAUUUGCAUUCGACAAAAUGAAAU